AUGGCCACUGGGGUCCGGACGUGGCUGGCCAUCGCCUCCGCUUACCUGGUUCUUUCCUCCUUCGCCGUCUCCUGCCGAGCAGAGGCGGAGGAGGAGGCGGCCCCCGCCGCCACCAUCAUCACCACCACCACCACCGCCGCCGACGACACCCCAUCGGCCGCGGAGGAUCCGUCCUUCGUGCUCACCCUAGACUCCUCCAACAUAUCCGAGACCGUCUCCAAGCAUCCUUUCAUCGUCGUGGAGUUCUACGCCCCCUGGUGAAUCCGCAUCUUAGUCUCAGCAUCUUGUCGUGUCCGCCUGCUCUACUUUCGCCGUGCUGUUGGUUUGCGUGAUCCUGGCGAUCCAUCUGGAUCUGUUUUUAUAUUUACUUCCUGAUCCGGAUACUUCCAUUGAGCCUCUAAAUCACGACUAGAUCACCGGACGCGUUAUUUGUUUACGAUUUCGAAGCAAUUAUUUGUUCACAAUUCGCCGCGGCAGCGUUAAUCCGGUGCUCUCAUCGCCUUCCGAUCUGGAAUCUGACUUCAGCGUUUCUGUCUCUUUUAUUUUAUUUUGAAGUGAAUAAUUUAUAUUAUCCACUAGUUUAGUAUUUCCCCCCCUUCAGGAUGAGAAUUCGCUCCGCGGAAGCAUAAACCGCCUCGCAGGGGGGUCAUUUUCCCAUUUGGACUGUUUUGAUCGUAGAAUGUUCAGUUCGUUUCCGUUCCUAUCGGACGCUUUUCGUGAUGAUUUUGCCCGUAGUUAUUCCGCAUCGAAGAUUCCGAAGACGCCAUCAGAGCUCCUGCGAAGUUCUGAUCUCCUGCUUUCCAUGAACACCUUGAUCCCUUUCUUGCCGAGGUUUUCUGUGCGAUAACUCGUCUUCUACCUCUGCUAACUUUCUUUCUGUCUCUCGGCAGGUGUGGACACUGCCAGCAACUCGCUCCCGAGGUAUCAACUAUCCCCAUGGGAAUGUUCAGUAAAACCAAGUCAAAUCACUCCUCCCCUCAUCUUCGAAGAAACUAACCUCUCUCUCUCUCUCUCUCUCUCUCUCUCUCUCUCUCUCUGCGUGCAGUACGAGAAAGCUGCAGCUGUACUGAGCAAGCAUGAUCCUCCGAUCGUUCUUGCCAAACUUGACGGCAAUGAGGAGGUCAACAAAGAACUUCUCACCCAGUAUAACAUCGGCGGCUUUCCCACCCUCAAGGUGUUCAAGAACGGAGGGAGCAGCGUCACGGAUUACAAAGGCCCCCGAGAGGCCGAUGGCAUAGUUGAGAAUUUGAAGAAACUGUUGGGUCCUCCAUCUACUGAGGUCAACUCCUUGGAAGACGUUGCCAACCACUUCGACGAGAAGAAAGUCUACAUUGUGAGUUCUUCGUCUGCGUCUGUUGACUCUUCAACCUCGCUCUCCAUUCGCUCUGCAUGCGUUGACUUGGCCGAACACUGUUGCAGGUGGGAGUUUUCUCCGAGUUUUCAGGAGAUGAAUUCGACAAAUACAUGAAUGUUGCAGAGAAGCUGCGUUCAGACUACAACUUUGGUCAUACAAAAAAUGCAAAAUCCCUCCCUAAAGGGGAUACUAAUGUUCAGCCCCCCCUGAUUAGGCUGUUCAAGCCCUAUGAUGAGCUUUAUGUUGACUCUAAGGUACCAUUUGACUCAUUUGCCCAUUUUGCUACUUAAUCCUUGACCAGACUCCUUUCUCAUCGGUUUCUUCUCGCAGGACUUUCAUCCUGAUGCUGUGGAGAAGUUUAUAGAGAGAGCCACCAAGCCUCUUGUUACUGUGCUCACCAAGGACCCUGCCACUCACCCUCUGGUCAUCAACUUCUUCAACAGCGAGAAUUCCAAGGUGAUCUGUCCUUGUUUGACUCAACUAGAUAGAAUCUUUGUGUUUCGACUCUCUCUGUCUGCAUGUUCAUGUGCUCAUCUAGAGAGAGAAAGGGGAAGGAGGGGGGUUUCAUCAAUAUUGGCGGGCUAGAGAAGUAUCACAGUUAUUUGAACGGCACCAUUAGCAUUGGUAAUUACUAGUAACUACUGAUCAUCCGAGGUGAUCUCUCCUUGUUUGACUGAACUAGAUAGAAUCCUUGUAUUUUGAUUCUCACUCUACCCAUGUUCAUGUGCUCAUCUAGAGAGUAUCAUAAUUAUUCGAACGGCAUCAUCAGCAUUAGUAAUUACUUGUAAUUACUGAUCAUCCGAGGUGAUCUGUUCUUGUUUGACUGAACUAGAUGGAAUCCUUGUGUUUUGAUUCUCACUCUAUUCAUGUUCAUUUGCUCAUCUAGAGAGAGAAAGGGGAAGAGGGGGGAUCAUCAGUAGCAGUAUAAUUAUUUGAACGGCAUCAUCAUCAUCAUCAUCUUAAUUACUUAUUACCACUGAUUCCUUCAUAUUAUGCUCAAUACUCAUGGAAAAUUAUGGCGGGACUUGAAAGUGCAGGCGCUGCUCUUAGUGAAUUUCAGCACCGAGAAUUUUGAGGCCUACAAAUCAGCCUAUCAUACCGCUGCCGGUAUCUACACGGAAAAGGAGAUAAACUUCUUGUUGGGUGAUCUUGAAGCCAGCGAGGGUGCUUUUGAGGUAAUUAAUCCCCUCCAGGAGCCCAUUUGACUUCGUCAUUUGACCUUGAUCGAUUCAGUCAACUUUGUGCGUGAAUGGUAAUAACCUGAACUCGUUGACUGCAUGAACAGUUCUUCGGUCUCUCAUUGGACCUAGCGCCCAUCCUCAUUUUAAAUGCCAAAGAUGGAAAGAAGUUCUACAAAGGAAGGGUGGAGCCAGAUCAAAUCGUCCCUUGGAUGAAGGAGUACAUGGUAAUAUAUAUAUAUAUAUAUAUAUAUUACUUUUCUUAUUUUGGAAAUGAAUAUCAUUCUCAGUCGGAUUUCUUUGAGAAUCUCUGAAAACCUAAUCGUGUUCGUUUUUGUAUUUUAUCAGAAUUGGAUCAUGAGAGUUAAAAAUUAUCAGGUCUUAGAAUAGUUCCUAUUUUUCCAUUUUUUCCUGAAAAAUCGCUAUAAGUUGAAUCAACAUAAUUAGCGCUUUGAAUAAUUUUAGUUUUCGCUUUUCAGAUUAUUCAUAUCGUUCGACCGUUGACUUUCUGAUAAUCUGUUUAAACUGAAUCCUGAUCGUUCAUAGAGGGCAGUUUUCAAUUCCUGUUUCAUUCCUGAAAAUGAGAUCGUGAUCAGGUUACUGAAUAGUUUGGCUUCCCGAUUUGGAAACCUUAUCGUUCUCUAGCUGAGCCGAAUCCUCUGAUCUGACUAAUAUUUAUCAAAUCCUUCGAAAUAGCUUGUUUUUUCUCGCCGAGAAUCAAGCUCUUAACAUGAACAUAUGUUUGCAGACGGGCAAUCUACAGUCGUUCACAAAGUCAGCGCCUAUCCCUGAAGUGAACAAUGAGCCAGUUAAAGUUGUUGUGACUAACAGCCUCCAAGAUAUGUUCUUCAACUCUGGGAAGAACGGUUCGUCUACUUUCCCCAUAUCUUGUCCCACUCUUAGCUCAGUAUUCUGGUCAACUCAUACUAAAAAUGGUAAAUAUGUUUGUUACCAUACCGUAGACUGUUUGGUUCUUAAUCCAAUAAUUCGAUCCUCUUUUUUUUUUUGAUAAAUCUGAGAAAAUAUUCCAAGAAGCAAGUGGAGAUUUUAAAUGACUUCUAGCUGGAUCUUUGUAAUAAGUAAUGGGUCUCUUGGGUUUGACUUCGAGCUCAAUCUUUUCCUUUGGGGAGGGAUGUAAAUCUGAAGGAAGCAAAUAUCAUCAAGAUCACAGACCACCUCACCCAUAAUCAUUUUCUUUCACGAAUUUGCUAUUUAUGGGAAUAUCAGAUUUUCAUCGAUAGUUUUAAUCACAUGAACCCCUAUUUUUAUUAUUCUUCAAGAAUUAAAAUCGACCUUCUUCUCCUGGUCUGCUGCAGUCCUGCUCGAGAUUUAUGCGCCGUGGUGCGGCCAUUGCCAGAGCCUCGCCCCCGUCCUGGAGGCGGCGGCCGUCGCCCUCCAAGACGACCCCGACGUGGUCAUCGCUAAACUGGUAAACCCUCUCUCUCUCUCUCUCUCUCUCUCUCUCUCCCGUUUCUCUAUCCUCCACGUAGCAGAGACCCUGUGGCCAUUCCCUCUCUCAACCCAAAUUUGGAAAAUCUGGCGGAUGUGGUCAUCGCCAAGCUCCCUUCGGGGACCCGUUGACUUCAAUUUUUUUAUGGGCCGGGAUCCCCAAAGCCCACUUAGCCCUGACCCAGAGAGACGAGGCCGCCCUCUCUGCCCACCACGUGGCACAGGCCCCUCUGUGGGUCUCUCCCUCUCUCAUCCCAAAUUUGGAAAAUCUGGUGAAUGUGGUCAUCGCCAAGCUGCCUUUCGGGGGGAUCCCGUUGAAUUCCAUGCUUUAAUGGCCCUGCAUGCCCAGAGUCCACUGACCUCUGACCCUGAGCCGAGGGCCCAAUUCUCUGCCCUCCACCUGGCAUCGGGCUCACUCCUCUCAUCCCAAAUUUUGGAAAUAUGCCUUAGCGCGGUCAUCGCCAAUCUGGUAACCAUUUCUUCCCCCUUCGGUCCCCCGUUGGCUUCCAUCCUUAAUGCCCCAGCCCUUCCACGUGGCAGCCCCCCCCCCUCCCCCCACAUCCCCCCUCCCCGUGCGCCACUCUCCCUCUCGCAUCCCAAAUUUGGAAAGUUUUGGCUGACUUGGUCAUCGCCAGACUGCCCUUAGAGGGUUCCCGUUGACUUCCACUCUUAACGGGCCGCCAUGCCCAAAGCCCACUAACCUGACGACGCGGCUCGUUCUUUGCCCUCCACGUGGCAGAGGCCUUUCUCUCUCAUAUGAAAUUUGGAAAUAUCUGGCUGACAUGGCAUCUGUGGGGCCCAGGAUGCGACGGCGAACGACGUCCCUAACGACUUUGAGGUGGCGGGGUAUCCGACCAUGUACUUCCGGUCGGCGAGCGGGAAGUUGGUCCAGUAUGACUCCGGCCGUAGCAAGGAGGACAUCAUAGCCUUUAUCCAAAAGCACCGCGACCCGGCACCUGUCCACUCCGCCGUCGAGCCCGGAUCGGCUGAGCCGGUCAAGGACGAGCUCUAA